CAGCAUGCGGCCCGCGGGCGUCGGGAGCUUCUUGCUGCUGGCGUGCUCCCUCCUCUUCGCGGGGCUGUCAGCUGUUCCCCAAAGCUUCUCGCCAUCGCUGAGAAGCGGGCCAGGUGCCACGUGCAGGCUGUCGCGGGCCGAGUCGGAGCGCCGGUGCCGGGCGCCCGGGCAGCCCCCAGGGGGCGCUCUGUGCCACGGCCGGGGCCGGUGCGACUGCGGGGUCUGCAUCUGUCACGUGAGCGAGCCGGGCGUGUACUUCGGGCCGCUGUGUGAGUGCCACGAGUGGGUGUGCGAGACCUACGACGGGAAGACCUGCGCAGGCCAUGGUAAGUGUGACUGUGGAAAGUGCAAAUGUGACAAAGGAUGGUCUGGGAACGCUUGCCAGUACCCAAGUAAUUGUGACCUGACAAAGAAAAAAAGUAACCAAAUGUGUAAGAAUUCUCAAGAUAUCAUCUGCUCUAAUGCAGGUACAUGUCACUGUGGCAGGUGUAAGUGUGAUAAUUCAGAUGGAAAUGGACUUGUUUAUGGUAAAUUUUGUGAGUGUGAUGAUAGAGAAUGCAUAGAUGAUGAAACAGAAGAAAUAUGUGGAGGCCAUGGAAAGUGUUACUGUGGAAACUGUUACUGUGAGGCUGGUUGGCAUGGAGAUAAAUGCGAAUUCCAGUGCGAUAUCACCCCCUGGGAGAGCAAGCGAAGAUGCACAUCUCCAGAUGGCAAAAUCUGCAGUAACAGAGGGACUUGUGUGUGUGGUGAAUGUUCUUGCCACGAUGUUGACCCAACUGGAGACUGGGGAGAUAUUCACGGAGACACCUGUGAAUGUGAUGAAAGGGACUGUAAAGCUGUCUACGACAGAUAUUCUGAUGACUUCUGUUCGGGUCAUGGACAAUGUAAUUGUGGAAGAUGUGACUGCAAAGUAGGCUGGUAUGGAAAAAAGUGUGAGCACCCACGUUCCUGCCCUCUGUCGGCCGAGGAGAGCAUCAAGAAGUGCCAAGGGAGCUCUGAUCUACCCUGCUCUGGAAGGGGUAAAUGUGAAUGUGGCAAAUGUACCUGCUACCCGCCGGGAGACCACAGGGUGUAUGGGAAGACGUGCGAGUGUGAUGAUCGCCGCUGUGAAGACCUGGACGGUGUGGUCUGUGGAGGCCACGGCACGUGUUCCUGCGGUCGCUGCGUCUGCGAGAGAGGAUGGUUUGGAAAGCUCUGCCAGCACCCCAGGAAGUGCAACAUGACGGAGGAGCUGAGCAAGAGUCUGUGUGAGUCAGCAGAUGGCAUAUUGUGCUCAGGAAAGGGUUCUUGUCACUGUGGAAAGUGCAUUUGUUCUGCUGAAGAAUGGUAUAUUUCGGGAGAAUUCUGCGACUGUGAUGACAGGGACUGUGACAAACAUGAUGGUCUUAUUUGCACAGGGAAUGGAAUAUGUAGCUGUGGAAACUGUGAGUGCUGGGAUGGAUGGAAUGGAAAUGCGUGUGAAAUCUGGCUUGGCACAGAGUAUCCUUAACAAUUAGCUGGGAGAGGACUGGAUUCAUAUUUUUCUAGGCCAUUAGAACAUAUAAAUGCCGAGGAAGCCAUGUAUAAUCACCAUGAGGACAGGUCAAACAGACUGUUGUAUGUUUUUCUAUUUCUGAAAGCCUGAAUGAAAUCUGGAUAACCAUUAAAAAUGAGUUAGUCAAACUCUGAUGUAAAUAACACCAGAAAUUCUUCCACAAUUUACGUCAGUGGUUCUCAACAAGGGCAACUCUGCCACCCAGAAAACAUUGGGCAAUGUCUGCAGACUAUUUUAGUUGUCACACUGGGUGGGGUGGGAGGGUGUGCUUUAGGCAUCUAGUGGGUAGAAGCCAGGGAUGCUGCUAAACACCCUACAGGGCACAGGAUAGCCCCCUACGAUGAAGAAUUAUCUGACUACAAAUGUCAUUAGUGCCAUAGUUGAGAAACACUGAAUUACAUGGUUGUUAGAAAUGCACAUCCCUACACAAGAAAGGUCAUUUUAGAAUCUAAGGAAAAGACAUAUCCUCACAUAAAUCCAUGGAUCAAACCUGGCUAGGAUUCCAUAUCACUCAGUUUUUCCAUAUGGGGACAAUGAAGACAAACACACAUGAAGUGCAAUGUUGGAUGGUGAUGGGGGACUUUUGAGAAAAUACUGGUCACUUUUAGUCAUUAAGUCAUUUGUCUAGUCUCACUUUGAACUCACAAAAGAAGAUUAUUUUAAGAUGAAGGAAGAAAUUAUGAAAAAUGUACAAUUUAACAUUUUAAAUAAAUAGUGACAUAAGUUGUUUACACUCUGUGUCAAUAUGUAUUUUACCAACUGAUGAAUAACAAAAAAUGAAUUGUUAUUUAAGAGCAUCAUUUUCUGUUACUAGAUCAUUUUUUAAACUGGGCAUGGGAUAUAGGUACAAGGAAUCUGAGUUUUCACUAAUUAAGUUACUCCAUGGUAACUUGCCUUUUAAAAAGACAGUAUCUAAUUAGCUCUAUGCUGGACCUGAAAUAUGCAUUAAUUUUUCUUAAAAGACUCUCUUAUUUCUCUGGAUACAUUGCUCACCUGAAAAGUAGGGUCAUGCAUAGAAGUCAAAAAGAGAUACUAUGAUAAAAUGGCCCCAGUCUCACAAGCUCAGAGGAUAUAAAGAAAAAUCUAGAAAUGGCUUAAAUAGAAAUUACAAAUAUUCACUCAGUGAUAGGAACAAAAUGUUUAUUUUCGUAAUGGUGAAAUUUUGUUCUGUAUGAAAUUCACAUCGAAUUAUGAAAAUGUACAAUAAUUUUGGACUUCCCUUAGAUAUUUGCAAUUAAAUCUACUUAUACACAUCAGUUUAGGCAACCUUUAAUUAUUUAGAGCUAAAAAAGGUCCACUUUUUUUCUAAAUGUGAAUUAUAUUUUGUAAAAUCCGUCAAUAAUGCAAUAAAAUCAUUUUCAUAUUGUUUAAGAUGAAAAUGUUUACUUGGAAAUUUUACUUAAUGACAUAAAUAUUCUAAAGUCAUGACUUGGACUUUAUUAGUCAAAUCACCAAAAGUGAGAAAAAGAUGUACCUGCUGAGUUAUUUAAAAUUUAUAUUGAAAAUGAUUUAAGAGAAAAUUUAAUCGAUGCUGAUUUUUAUAAUACUAAUAGUGUUCUCCUACUUUAACAGAUUUACAAAAUUGUUACCUCUAUCCUGAGAUUAAGAAGUGCAACCAUAUUAGUUGUGUCUCGAUUGUUGAGUGUGUCCAUUGAGAUAUCAGUUUUGUAAAAUGAGGGAAAUGUAAGCAGUUAAGAAAGAAUAUAUAUUACUUCCUUAUAUCUUCUUUAUCUAAGCAUUUUAAGCCUCAAACAAACCUAUUUUAAUUGUUCAGUAGCAAUUUCAAUGAUGACCGAUUUGAUGAUGGACACAUUGGAAUUCACUGCAUUAUCACGGUACCAGUGACAUCCAGAUUUCCUAUUGCAGAGUUCUGCUUUCUAUGGAAAAGACCAGAUAGUAAACAGUUUAGACUUUGUAGGCCACAUACAUCUCUGUUGCAUAUUCUUCUUUGUUUGUUUGUGUUUGAUAGUUUAAAACUGUAAAAAAUAAAUAAAAACUCGCUCUGAACUCCUGGGCCAUAAAAAAAUAAUUGCGAGCUGGGUUUGGCUCACAGCUGAGGAGUAGGUGGCCAACCUGUGCCCUUAAUGUCCUAUGUGUCCUCUCAUAACUCCAAGUGCGUCUUAUUUUUUUUUUGUAAUUCUCUAUAUUUGUUAUCCUUUUUCAUUAACAACAACUACAAUGGAAGUGUUUCUCUUUUUAAAAUUUAAUAUAAGAAAAAUGUCUUCAGCACUUAUGUUUUUAAAGAAAAAUUUUAGAUAUGGAGAAAUGUUUUUUAUAAAGUUCAGAAUGUGAUUUGUCCAGAUUUUUUGACAACCUGAAAAUAUAUGGCAGUCAGCUAUAUUUUGGGUUCAUUUAGCUCGAAAUUAUUGAACUGAAACCUUUCAUGUUUCUCAUGUGUGUGUAUGUGUGAUUUUGACUCUAGCUUGCAAACAAUAGAUCUAUUAAGAAGUGAUUUAAUUUACAUGUUUAAAUUGGAAAAAAAAAUAAACAUAGUUACAUAUAAAGACAUACAUUCUACCUUUCUUAAAUGUGAUUUUGUACUUUGACUUUUGAUUCUGUUACUAAGAUAGAAACUCCCUCUUAAAAAAGGGGCAGGCAAAAACAAACUUGUUACAGGAGGAGGGGAAAGGUGCAAAUCUCAUUGGCUUGUUCAAGUUUGUCCCAAAUUACAGUGGGAUUUAUGUCAAUUUAGAAGGAUUCAACAACUGAUAUUGGCACAGACCCUGCCUGUUUGGCAAACCAUCAUGGAGGAAUCUCCCAGAAGGGCUUUUCAAUAAAAUUCUAUUAAGGUCCUAAGACCGAAGAGGAGACUCAUUAUAGCCCAUUUCUUCCCCAGACUCCUUGAGCUAAUCUAGAUUCUUUCAACAUGUUGGGAGGAAUGACCUCAUCACCUCAAAUACAAAUGCCAUCUCUACCAGCAGACAUCAGGAUUAGACUGAAUAGUAUAGAAAAAAACAGAAAAAAUCAAAACGAAACAGCUCAGCCUUUGUUUGCAGACUCAAAACUUCAAAACCCCAUUCAGUAUUCAAGUGUCAACAGGCCCUUGGACUAACUUGUAAGCCAAGGAACUUAAGCUAUGAAUGUAUUUUCUCCAACGUAACACAAUUUGCAUCUGGAUUUUUAUAUGCUUGUAUUUAGCUCAAUUGCUUUUCCCUAGAUAUGGUCUUGUUCUGAAAUGAAAUUUCUAAAUAUUUUCACUUCCUUCUAAAAUAGAUUUUUUAAUCAAUCUGGUCUCUCUUUGAAAUGUUAAUUCUCCCUAUAAUAUUAGGGAGAAAACUAAAUGAAGUGAUGCAUAUAUAACAUAAAGGACAAGAAGUUUUUUUUGUUAUGUUUGUUUUUUAAAGAGAAUCUAAUCUGAUAUCGAUCACCCUGAAAACAUCUGACCACUUUAGUGCUUUAGGCAUUAAUUAAGCAACUAGCCAGGUGUGAUAAGGAAACUGUGCUUACACUCCAAGAGGCAAACAAUUAGAAGGACUCGUAUGGGCCCAUUGUGGGGUUCCUGAAACGACCAGCUACCCCAAAACACUCAGGGCAAGCAAACUUUAGAGCAAGAAUUUCAAAAUUCUCCAAGAUUUAUAAGGAAGUGAUGCCUAGUACCAAUUUACUCUUUACAGAGGGUGGACCAUUUGCAUCUAUUCUAUAAUUUUUCCAAGUAAAGUUUUAGCAAAACAUAUUAGAAAGUAAACUUAUAAGAAAAUAAAAAUGGUGUCACUUUAAAUAUCAAAACCAUUAACAUUCCCAAGCAUUGCUGAGGGAUGGGUGAAGCAAUCAGCUAUCACAACAAAUCAGUAGAAAUAACCCUCCCACACCAGCUAUGCAUGCAAAUGGAAUGUGAUAGUAGACUCAAUACAAUUGACAUAUGUACAUGUAGGUACAAAACACUCAGUCUGUAAAUACCAAUUAAUUCCAUCAGAUUUACUGUACAGAACAUCAA